AUGGAUGACUUAUUAAAAAGAUUUGAGGAUAAAAAAGAAGCUAUAAAGUUACGUAAGCAGCAAGAGGAACAGGAACAAGAAAAAAUGAGACAAUGGUCAAAAAACGCCAUUCAAGGCACUCCGAUUGAUGAAAAUCAACAGUCGACCCAGUAUCCCUUGGUUAAUAUUGAUCCGCAUUCUUCACCUGUGGGUGGCGUCGCGCUGAUGCAAGACUCUCCACGGCAGCGAAGUAAAAUAAUAAGUUUGAUGCAACAUGGCAUCGAUCAUGCCAUUCAUCACGCAAAAGCAGAGCAGCGGUUAAAACAGGAAGAGGAUGAACUCAAAAAAGAAAUACAACAGAAAGAGAAGGAUGCAGAAGCCAAGUGGCAAGAAGAACAAAAAGAAGCAUUCCUUAUCGGUGUUCAAGAUGAUGUUUCGUUGACGGGCACACCUUUUGAAGAUGAGUUGCUAAAUCGGUUGCAAGACCAACGGGAACUUUGGUUUCAGCAAAAGGAUCAAAAGGACCUUAGUGAACAGAUGUCCAAGGAUAUUUCACUGGCAGCGCUGAUGGAUAGAGAAAAAAAGUUAAUUGAGAAAUUCCAGAAUGACGCAGAAAAAAAACAUUAUGACACCUUAAACCAAAGAAAUCAAGAUGCAUUGUUUGAUGAUCUCAAAAUGACCGUACCCACAUACACUCCCCCCAAGCUGCCAGACAUGGAUGUUAUAAUGGGCGGCAGAUUAAAAACGGAUAAAUCUGCCGUAAUGCAAUAUAUAGAUCCACCGAUGUGGCCAUCGCUCGCUAGCGGAGCGCCCAUUCCCGAUCCCAAUCUGAAACCUGACCUAUCCCCCCAGCCAAUAGCCCACAUUCAGCCGGCACAGCCACCGCCUACCGUUGCGUUAGAUGUCUGGAAGCCAUACGUGCUUCGAGACAAUCCAGACACAUUCACAGACCUCUACAUCGACGUCCCCAAGCCCAUUGUGCAAGACCCCGUGUACGACUUGGAUUUUGACGAUGAAACGACGCACAUAAAGCAUGAUGCGCUGCCCUUACCUCCGGAUCCGUACAUACCUGAAAUCUCAUUUAAUCUUCCACCUCCAGAUCCCCAGCACUCUGUGCCUCCCAGAGAUGAGCCAACGAUUAGUGCAGUCGAAUUCGUGGACACGUGCCCUGUUCCUUGGCUCACCCAGAAACCUACGCAUGACUCCACCAAUAUCCCCGAGACGGAGCUGUUCCCCUCCGAGGCGCCGCGCACGGUCAGGGAUAUGCUCAUUUGGAUGGCGGGACUGCAGAACCCAAAGCAUAGUGACACUCUGAAACAGUGUAUUGAGAAAGCUUUCAAGCGCGGCGAUGAUGUCUCUGCCAAACUCACACUCCCAGUCAACGAUUCUAGCAUUACCGCCAAAGAUGUCAUCGACACCAUUAAACUUGCCGCCGUGUUCGCAGCGUCAGUAUUAUCCGCCGUUGCGCCUGAAUGGAAAGACAACGUCGCAUUAUCUGCGACAUUAAAACCCAAGGGCUCCGACCAAUCCAAGGACCCUGAUUGCUGCGCCCUCCUCUGCCAGCUGCGGGACUGCGUCUACGCCUGCUACCACCAGUUGAAUUUCCUUAAGUCGCAGUGUUCUCGGAACACCAAGGACGGCGGUUGGCAGGAUUGUCAAUACGGCCGUGAUGCCAAGAUGUCUCCCCUCCAGGCCUUCCUGACUGACGCCUCGGACUCCAAGUUCGAGACACAUCCCUUCGACCCGCGCAACAUCUGCCGCAAGAGCCGUGUAAACAUGGGAUUCAGAGAGGAGGAUUUGCCUGACACUCAGCAAACUGGCAAACAUCUCCACACCAUCCUCUCUCCCACCUGCGGCGGCGAGGAUCCCUUGCUGACAUUGACCUCUUACCUCACCUGCAUCACCAGGCGGACGCCGCGCACCACCGGGGAGCUUGUCUCAUUCUUCCACCAUUUCGGGAAUGAACUGCACAAUGCACCUUCAAAGGUGUCUCCACUGGGCUCCGCCCUCUCCAAGCCACAUGACCACUGCCCCGACUGGGACCACCUUGCUGCCGACGACCUCAAUGCCAUCCAGUACAUCCGGGGCCCCGCCCCUCCCACCGCCAACCACGACAAAGGCCAUUCCAGGACCCUGUCCACACUGGUUGGCUGCGACAUAACCAAUGCGCAGUGCCCACCUCAUAUUUCGUCCACCACCUACCGGGCCUACGCCCUGUACUCUUCCAGCUUCGUCCACGACUACCUCAGCUGGACGGUGUAUCUACCAGACAGACUGUGGGAGUCACUGCUCAAGAUGCAAGAUGAUCUCGAGGACCUUCAAUGUCACGACUCCAAGCCCCUCCACCAGUGUGACAAGGCCCUGCCGCUCCUCUACAAGCACGGCAUCACCCCGCCAGACGGGACACUGCCGCCUUCACUCACGUGUUCCAAGCUCAUCACCAAGCUGGAGGAAGUGGUCAAGGGAAAGCCUAUCGCAGGCCUCAUGACCGCCAUGGACAAUUUCCUCUACCGCAUCCGUGCGCCCUUCCUCUUCUGCCUCGUCGCACUCUGGCUCAUCGCCGCGCUCUACAUUCUCCACUCACUCCUCUACCGCAUGGACGUCCUGCGCAUCCGCUAUCACCUCCUCACCACCAGGGCCUCCCACACCAUCGACGUCAAGGCCUUACUCGCCGGCAGCAGGAGAAUGCUGUCGCUCUACAAGGACGUCGACUACUUCGACGACGACUUUCACUCUUGA